AUGACGAAUGAAGUACCCCGUCAAUUGAGAGCCAUGAUGUUCGUCUUUUGGUGCAGGCUAAGUUUGAUGCCAUUGAUGAUAGAAGAGCUGUUCGGAAAAUCUACUGAGUUCCAGUUUAUGCGUUCUUCUUCUCCUCUAGCAACGAAACUCGUAGUCAUGAAGGUUUGCAUAUUUCCAUUGAACGAUAAAACUCAAACAAAGCACAAGUAUGAGGAAGUACCAUGGCAAGUGAUGCCUGCACCAAGUGUGGAAGAGAAUGCACAGGUAAAAUGGCCACCAAAAAGUCAUAAGUAUCAGUUCUUUCCAAAUUCUCUGACAUUUAUGAUGUUAUGCCACUACCAUUACCACUACAACCCCCUUUUACUGCACCAUUCGCAUCAUAAGAACUACCUGCGGAGCCCUGCAGAGCGGGGAAUCUUGUGGAUUUUGGGAGCAGGAAGACAGGACAAGGGGCUAGAAUACUGUUAG